AUGGAUGGAGUUCUGCUUCCACCUCAUCUGAUGGUUUCUUCAGGGUUUCUCCCUACUGGGGCUCUGUUAGAAGCAUUGAUCAACAUCUCUAAUGAGGUUAUCUCAAUUGAAAAGCUUCCCUUUGUACAGGUAAAGAACAUCUCCACAAUGAUAAGGAGGAUUAGGCUUCUUUCUUCGUUGUUCGAGGAAAUUCAGGAAACAAGUAAGACCCUCCCUCCAUCAUCAAUCUUGUGUCUUACUGAGCUCUUGUGCGUAAUCCGAAGAGUUAAAAACUUGAUUGAAAGUUGCAAAGAAGGCAGCUGUUUAUGGACUUUAGUUCAAACAGAGGUCAUUUCAGCUCAAUUUUUUGCUGUAGUCAAGGAGAUGGGAAGGGCACUUGACAUCUUACCUCUGAGCUUGCUUAGCCUAACUGUGGACACCAGGGAACAAGUUGAGCUGCUUCACAAGCAGGCGAAAAGGUUUGAACUGUCUGUCGAUUGCCGGGAGAUUCAGAAUAGGGAUGACCUUCUCCAGCUUAUAUCCAGCAAGAAGAAAGGUUUCACCGAUCAUGGAAAAGUCAGGGAGUUUCUAAGCACCAUCGGUUUGAGAACGUCUAGAAACUGUGAAGAGGAGAUUUCAAAACUGAGGGCAGAAGCUGAGAAACAGGCUGGAACAGGUGGGCUGAUCGUAGUUUCUAAUAUCCAUAAACUAAUAUCCCUGGUUUCAUUUUCUAAAGCUGCAUUCUUCAGUGAUGAAGAAGAAAAUCAGAAGAUAAAUGAUGAUUUGAAGCAGAGAAGUGGGCAACUUUGCAGUCGGCAGGACCCCUGCUCCUCUUUACAGUCGAUGGUUUUCAAUGUCCCGGACGAAUUCCGUUGCCCAAUAUCGUUGGACUUGAUGAGGGAUCCUGUCAUAGUUGCAUCUGGGCAUACGUAUGAUCGAAGCUCAAUUUCUCAGUGGAUAAACUCAGGUCAUCAUACCUGUCCUAAGAGCGGGCAACGCUUGAUACACAUGGCCCUUAUACCCAACUAUUCAUUGAAGAGUUUGAUUCAUCAAUGGUGCCUGGAGAACAACAUCCCAAUGGUGGAAUCUGCAGCAUCCUCUGCCUCGUCAUCUUCUGCUGACUUCGAAAGAACAAGCAGUAUCAAGAGAAAAUUAAAAGCUAUUGAUCACAUUUCUGCGACUAAACAUGCAGCAGACGCAGUCAAAAUGACUGCAGAAUUCUUAGUGGGGAAAUUAGCAACAGGUUCACCAGAUAUCCAGAGACAGGCAGCCUACGAGCUUCGGUUACUGGCAAAAACAGGCAUGGACAACCGCAGGAUCAUUGCAGAGGCGGGUGCCAUUCCUUUUCUGGUAACUCUUCUAGAUUCUCAUGAUCCAAGAAUCCAGGAAAAUGCAGUCACUACUUUGCUGAACCUUUCCAUAUAUGAAAACAACAAAACACUAAUCAUGUCAGCUGGCGCAAUUGACGAUAUUGUCGCAGUUCUACAAUCAGCAAAAACAAUGGAGGCAAGGGAAAAUGCAGCAGCAACAAUCUUUAGUUUGUCCAUUGUAGAUGAUUACAAAAUAUUCAUUGGAGCCCGUCCGCAAGCCGUCCCGGCUUUAGUAGGACUCCUUGGGGAAGGAACAACAGCUGGAAAAAGGGAUGCAGCAACAGCCCUAUUCAACCUUGCAGUUUACAAUGCCAACAAAGUCAGUAUAGUCCUUGCAGGAGCAAUUCCCUUACUGAUUGACCUGUUGCUGGAUGACAAAGCUGGGAUCACGGACUACGCAUUAGCUGUGCUUGCUCUUCUCCUGGGCUGCAGUGAAGGACUAGAAGAGUUAAGGAAAAGUAGGGUAUUGAUCCCUCUUCUUAUUGACCUUCUGAGAUUAGGAUCAUCCAAGGGAAAAGAGAAUUCCAUCACCUUGUUACUGGGAUUAUGCAAGGAUGGAGGGGAAGAAGUUGCCAGAAAGCUGUUGCUGAAUCCACGAAGCAUUCCAUCACUCCAGAGCCUAUCUGUGGAUGGAUCUCUGAAAGCUCGAAGAAAAGCUGAUGCUCUUCUCAGAAUACUCAAUAGAUGCUGCUCUCAAUCUCCAACCCCUGUUCCCUAA